AUGGAGGACCAGAAGAUGCCGGCGUCUAGUGAGGAGGACGGCGAGGGGUCAAAGAGGUUAAAGUUGAGCAACGACGCGUAUGUGAGUACUCCAGUUGCGAAUGAAGUUCAGAACGCAAUCCAAGUGCCGCGGACCUCGGUGGAGACAGCCAAAGUGGAGGAAAACGACGUUGAAACCAACACUCCAUCGUCUUCAUCAGCAGCAACAGCAGCAGCAACAGUAGCAGGAGCAUUAGGGGCAGCAGGGGCAGCAGGGGCAGCAGGGGCAGCGGGAGCAGCAGGGGCAGCGGGAGCAGCAAAUUACGCUACUACGCGACUAGCAAAUGUACAACCCUCAGAUGGAGAUGCCCUGGCCUCGAAGCAGUUGGACCAGCAAGACUCGUCCAAACUGAAUGAGGGCUCGACCACGAGACAACUGGACCAACAAGACUUGUCUAAGCUGAAUGAGGCCUCAACCUCAAAGCAGCUAGACCAACAAGACUCGUCAAAGCUUAAUGACGCCAUUGCUGCGGCGGGCGUGGACAUUCAAAAAGAGGAGGAGCUUCUUUUGCAAAGACAGAGCGCUAGACGUGCCCAGGGCGGAUUGGAAAGGUCGGACACGUUAAGGUCGUCCGCCGCGGCGCCUCUACUAAACCCAUACCAUCUCUCAGCGUUUCUUACCAAGAUCACAAAAACCCACCAAAUCAACCAGAAUUUUCUUGAAGAUGGCGACAUAUUGAACUUGAUUUCCAGUGCCUGCGAAGACUGGAUCACCCAUCUUGCGAGCAAAGCCCUCAUGGUGUCUCGACAUCGAAGGAGAGGCGGUCAAACGCAAAAUUCUUCUUCUUCUUCUUCUUCGUCAAAGAAAAACUCGUCGCUGUCAACAUCGCAGAGGUCUCACGUUUCCAAAGAGUUGAGAAACAUCGCGUUGAAGCAAAAGGAAAUGGAAGAGAAACGGGUGCAAAAGAGGAUAUUGCUCGGGUUGGAAACCAGCGCCAAUGAUUCCACGGGAGAACAGGUUGACUCCAAAGCGGGCACCGAGGAGACGUUGCAUCGUGCUGCUAAUGCCACCGCGGCCAUGAUGGCCACGGGCAAAAAGAAAUAUAGCUGGAUGAACUCUGGAAGCAACGGCGGCGGGUCCUUGGGCGGGGGCCCAGAUGCGGCAGGAAAUAGCUCUGGUUCAAGGAGCAAAAAAAGCGCAAUCAUAGCCGCGAGGGGCGACAAUGGCUUGAGGUACAGAGAAGUGCGCUCGACCAACUCGGUGGUCUUGAAGGAUUUGCUAAAUGCCUUGGAAGGAGAGAAAAAGGGAACCCAGCAUGCUGUCACGAAAGGCUAUGCCAAGCUCAGAGACUGA